AUGAAAGCAAAUGAUUCGUUUGAUGAUAAUUGGUUAAUUAUUCCAGUAAAUUCCAAUCAAAAAUUAGUUAGAUCAUAUUACUGGCCAGCAUUAUUUUUAUUAUUUUUUUCAAUUAUUGGUAUUAUUGGAAAUUUAUUAGUUUGUCUUGCGAUUGGAACAGAACGACGUUUACAUAAUCCAACGAAUUGGUAUAUUUUUUCAUUAGCACUUGCUGAUAUGUUGAUUUCAGGAAUUGUUAUUCCAUUAGCUACUGUUAAAGAAUUUACAGGUAAAAACAACAAAUCUAUUCUAUUAUUAACUAAUAAAAAAAAAACAAAAUUGAUUGAUUUAGGUUUUUGGAUAUUUGGUCCAAUUUUAUGCGAUUUUUGGUUAUUUUUGGAUGUUUGUUCAUGUACAUCAUCUAUCAUGCAUAUUGUUGUUAUAUCAAUUGAUCGUUAUUUAGCAAUAGAAGAUCCACUAAAUGUUCGUUUACGACAAAAAAAAUAUCAAAUAUGCUUUUGUAUAAUAGUUAUAUGGUUAAUAGCUAUAUUAUUAUCAUCACCAAUGAUUAUACUUGGUGCAAUUAAUCCAUAUAAUAUUAUAAUUAAUGGACAAUGUUUAAUCAAUAAUCAAUUUUUUGUUAUAUAUGGUAGUGUUGUUUCAUUUGUUAUUCCAUUGAUUAUUGUUAUUAUUAUGUAUACUUUAACUGUACAACAAAUAACGAAUACAGUUAAUCUUGUUGCUAAACCAUUUUUACGACAAAAAACAGCAGCAACAACAAGUAAUAAUCAAUUAAAUAUUUCAUUUCAAUCAUUAACAAUUCCAUCAAUAGAAUUAAAACGUAGACGUUUUCAACGACAAGAAACAAGUUUUGAUUUAAGUGAAGAUAGUUUCAAUAAUAUAUGUUUAGAUAAAGAUAAAUAUCCAUCAUUAGCAAAUGAUCUUCAAAAUGAUAAAUCAUCUAUUCAUAGUGAUUAUACAUGUCCACGAAAUUCAAAUUGUCUUGAAGAUGAUGAAACAACAAAUCUUCAUUUAACUUCAUCUCAUCAAGCUCGUCCAAUGUCAUUAUCAGUACCAAUGAUUUCUCAUCAUCCAUCAUUAACUUCAAUUAAUCAAGUAAAACGACAUAAAGAUCGUUUAGUUCUUAUUCCAAGUUUAGGAACAACACGUUCAAAAUCUUCAGCUGUACGUAAUGAACAAAAAGCUGUCAAAGUUCUUGGUGUUGUUUUUGUUAUAUUUGUAAUCGCAUGGUUUCCAUUUUGUAUUAUGAAUAUUUUACGUGGUGUUUGUAAACAUUGUUCAAUUAAUGAAAAUUUAUUAAAUAGUUUUGUUUGGCUUGGUUAUGUGUCAGCAUCAAUUAAUCCAGUUGUUUAUACAAUGUUCAAUCGAAAUUUUCGUUUAAAAUUUAUUGCAUUACUUAAAUGUCAUUGUUUAUAUUCACGUGAUCAACAAAAACGAUUAUUAUAUUAUCAAAGUCAUUCAUCAUUACAUGGUUCAAGAAUUUUACGUAAAAAUGGUUUAGUACAAAAUGAUAUUCGACGUUUUAAUGCACAUAGAUAA